UUCCUAGACCCCCCCUCCCCUUUUCCCUCCGCCUCUUUAUGUUUUUGUUGGGGGAAAAGUUGUUGGAAGUUUUAGCCGUGUGGAUGUAGCGUGUUUUUACCGUUUUCCGCCCCUCGGUAACGGAGGGAAUGAGCGUCGGUAGGAGGGAAAAAUCGUCCACGGAGGUUUAGGAGGACUUUUCCACAGCUUUGUGUCCCGUGAGCUCGUGCUGAAAAAAUCUCCGCGGCCCCCUCCGUCAGAGCUUCAUCUCGCUAGCUACCUAGCUGAGCCCCCCUCCUCUCUGUGUCCGGGAAAACGUCCAGCUUUACCAGCGCAGAGAUGGCGGAGACCAAAAUAAUUUAUCACAUCGACGAAGAGGAGACCCCGUACUUGGUGAAGAUCCCCAUAGCUGCAGAAAAUAUCACCCUGCUGGAUUUUAAACAGGUCCUCAACAAGCCAAACUACAAAUUCUUCUUUAAGUCUAUGGACCAAGACUUUGGGGUUGUGAAGGAAGAGAUUUCCGACGAUGGUGCCAAGCUGCCUUGUUUUAACGGCAGAGUUGUGUCAUGGUUGGUAUCAUCAGAGACUCCAGCUGCAGAGCCUCCUGUUGCAGUGGUCCCCCCUGUGGAAACAGCCUCCCAGCCAUCACCACCUCCGCCUCCCCUGCCUCCCCCGCCUGCAGAGAGGACCGGGGGGAUUGGGGACUCCAGACCUCCCUCCUUUCAUCCCAAUGCUACGGGCAGCGUGGAGACGUUGGACGAGCAGACUGAAACCGAGUCUGUGGUUUCCUUCAGGAGGGAGAGGCCCCGGCACAGAGAGAACGUGGAGCAGCACGGCCCCCGCAUGAACGGUCAGAGCCGCCUGGAGCGCCACCUGGCAGGAUACGAGAGCUCCAGUACGGUGAUGAGCAGCGAGCUGGAGACCACCAGUUUCUGUGACUCUGAUGAUGACGACACCAUGAGCAGGUUCAGCAGUGCUACCGAGCAAAGCACCGCCUCCAGACUUCUGAAGCGACACCGCCGGCGGAGGAAACAGCGCCCCCCGCGGCUGGAGAGGGCGUCGUCCUUCAGCAGCGUGACGGACUCCACUAUGUCCCUGAACAUCAUCACUGUCACUCUUAACAUGGAGAAGUACAACUUCCUGGGUAUUAGUAUCGUGGGUCAGAGCAACGAGAGAGGCGAUGGCGGCAUCUAUAUCGGCUCCAUCAUGAAAGGCGGCGCCGUGGCUGCAGACGGACGCAUCGAACCCGGGGACAUGCUGCUGCAGGUGAACGACAUCAACUUUGAAAACAUGAGCAACGAUGAUGCGGUACGCGUCCUCAGAGAGAUCGUACAUAAACCGGGACCAAUCAUACUGACCGUGGCCAAGUGUUGGGACCCGUCUCCACAGGGGUACUUCACGCUGCCUCGCAAUGAGCCGAUCCGACCCAUCGACCCCGCGGCGUGGGUCAGCCACUCUGUGGCGAUGACCGGGGCUUUCCCUCCCUAUCCGGGCAGCUCCUCUCUCAGCACCAUCACUUCCUCCUCCUCCGUCACAGAGACCGAACGUUUCGAUGACUUUAGCUUGUCGCUUCACUCUGACAUGGCGUCAGUAGCCAAGGCGAUGGCUUCCCCUGAGUCAGGUCUGGAGGUCAGGGAUCGCAUGUGGCUUAAAAUCACCAUCCCUAACGCUUUCCUGGGCUCAGACGUAGUGGAGUGGCUCUUCCAUCACAUCGAGGGGUUCCAGGACCGCCGGGAAGCCAGGAAGUAUGCCAGCAACCUGCUGAAGGCCGGCUUCAUCCGACACACCGUCAACAAGAUCACCUUCUCCGAGCAGUGCUACUACGUGUUCGGAGACCUGAGCGACUGUGAGAACUACAUGGCCAAUCUGUCACUGAAUGACAACGAUGGCUCCAGCGGCGCCUCCGAUCAGGACACCCUGGCCCCCCUGCCGCUCCCGGGCGCCUCCCCCUGGCCCAUGAUGCACACCUUCCCCUAUCAGCCCUACGCAGCACAUCCCUACUCCAGCCAGCCGCCUCCGUACCACGAGCUCAGCAGCUAUAGCUACGCCCCAGGCAGCACGGGCAGCCAGCACAGCGAAGGGAGCCGAAGCAGCGGCUCGACCAGAAGCGAGGGCGAGCGUCGACGCAGCAACAAAGGCCCUGGCAGCACUGCAGGCGGUGGGGAGAAAUCCCCCUCUGGUGAAGGCGGCGGCGGCGGUGAGUCCCGCUCCGGCAGCGGCAGCGAAUCCGAGUAUUCCACCCGCGGCAGCCUGAGGCGGGGCCACGGCUCCUCGGCCCAGAGCGAGCACAGCCACGCCUCGUCACAGCGCUCCCACCACCACCGGAUGCCGCAGCCUCCCCACAUGUCCCCUUACCCGCCGGGCAUCCUGCCCUACAACCCCAUGAUGCUGAUGAUGGUUCCCCAGCACCCACACCCGGCCAUGGCCGCCCACGCUCUCCAGCACCCGCAGCAGCUAUCGGCUGCCCCCAUGCACCAGGCGCUCCCCCCUCCUCCUUCCUCCACCCCAGGGGGACCUCCCGGGGCCCCUCCUACCCGCGACCUGGGCUCAGUGCCUCCAGAGUUGACCGCUUCCCGUCAGUCGUUCCACCUGGCCAUGGGGAAUCCCAGCGAGUUCUUUGUGGACGUCAUGUAGUUCUUUAACUUUUCUUCUUCUCUCCUUUUGUGUUGAGUGAUAGUUCAUGUGUACGGUUCCUUUGAUGUGACGAUUAUCUGCUCAGUGAGCUCACACAUGCCCAUCAGAGUAAGGGCGUUUGUUUCAAAUUAGG